GCGCGUUGUUUGCUGUGCUGGGGCCUGCCUGGGCAGGUCAUGGUGGGGACCGUGAUGGCGGUCAUGGAGUUCCACUUGCCCCUCGUUCCUGCUGAUCUGCUGCGGGCGAGCAAACCUGGGCAGUACUCUGUGCAGGAGGUGCUGCCCGUCCGCGACCUGCCGCCCGCCCUUACAGCCUUCCGGAGUGCCUUCCGUGCGCGGGGCGCGCUGGCAGUGCUGCAGCACUUCGAUCCCAUGUACAGCUUGCUGCACCAUUUCCAAGCUGUGGGGACUGCUGUCAGAGAGGAUGCCCUGGAGCUGAUGAAGUGCGUGGUAUCCCAUCAUUCCAAUGAACUUCCUGCCAUGUUGGGUGAUUCUGGGCUGAGCCAUGCAGACCGUGUUGCUCACCUCAAUGCUCUCAAGAUGAACUGCUACUUGCUGACUGGCCUGAUGGACGCCUUUGAAAUGGAAACCUUCAAGAGUGGUUUGUUGGAGAAGAAGAAGAACCGUUCCAAGACCUCUGAAUCCUUAUGGGAAGAGGAGAGGGAGCCAAUCUUACGGCUGCUCACACAGCUGCUGCAGCUGGAUCUCCGUCAGCUUUGGGGUGGUUUCGUGGUGGAAGAAGAAUUUGUCAGCUUAAUCACAGGAAGCUCCUAUCGUAUCCUGGAGAAUCCAGGUAUCGGUCUUCAGAAGUACCGGGCCACACGGGAGGCUGUGACACAUCUGCUUGCUGCAGCUCUGGUUCACUAUGAUCAUAUGUUCAAUGCCACUCUGAAGAUCACACAGAUGCUGCAGCACUUUGAGCAUGUAGCCCCAGUGUUUGCACAGGCAGUAAGCCUCUGGGUUAAAGACUAUGGUCUGAAAAGCCUGGUGGGUGAAUUGCUAAGGGAAUUGGGACAGAAAUGUCCUCAGGAUCUGGCUCAUGAUGCUUCUGUGAUCAAGGGUUGUGCUGUCUUUAUAACUGAACUGGCUGAACAGAUUCCAGCUCUGGUGCUAUCAAACAUGAGCGUUCUCCUGCGUCACUUGGAUGGAGAGAGUUACAUGAUGCGAAAUGCCGUUCUGGCAGCUAUGGCAGAAGUGUUGGUGCAGGUGCUGAGUGGUGACCAGCUGGAGGAAGCUGCCCGUGGUACUCGGGACCAGUUCCUGACCAUGCUGCAGGCUCAUGUCUGUGAUAUCAACAGCUUUGUACGCAGUCGAGUGCUGCAGCUCUUCACUCGAAUCGUUCAGUGCAAGGCCUUGCCUCUGACUCAGUUUCAGUCUGUGGUAUCACUGGCUGUUGAGCGUCUUAAAGACAAAGCUGUGGUAGUAGUUAAAAAUGCGAUCCAGCUCCUGAUUGCAUUUUUGUCCAACAAUCCCUUCUCCUGCAAGCUGAGCUGUAAAGACUUGAGUGAGCCACUGAAGAAAGAAGUGCAGAAGCUGCAAGAAAUGAGGGAUCGUAACAGAUCCGCAGCAGGUCCAGUGAUCACCCCAGAGGAAGAGUGGGAAGCAAUGCUGCCAGAAGUUAGGGCUGCCGUACAAGAGCUCUUUGAACCACUGCAGGAAGAGGAGGUGCUGGAAGUUGAGGAAACAGUGGAGAGUACAUUGAAGCAAAUCACUGGCCUGCUGAGGAAGCUGAAUUACAGGAGUGCAGCCCGCCUUACACAGAAGGCCCUGGAUCGCUUCCAGGAGAAGGAGCCUUUCAGCAGCCUCAUGGAGGAAAAUGAGGAGGCAACAAUCUUGGGUGUUCUGAAGAGACUUUACACAGGUUCGUGCCCAGGUGAGAAAAGUGAGGGUCCUCCACAUGGCAACAGUGGUCUUGAAAAUGAAGCUGUACCAGAAGAGGGGCCUCAAACAGAGCUGAUAAAACAGGAGAUGUUGGUGCAAUACCUGCAAGAUGCUUACAACUUCUCAGUGAAAAUCACAGAAGCCCUGAGCCUCAUCAGGAAGUUGAUGUAUGAAAACUGUGUCUCAGUGGUGCAGGAAGCCAUUGAGUUCUUUGUGACAGUCUCACAGUUUGGUGUGUCUGAAGCACUGUUUGGAGUUCGCAGGAUGCUCCCCCUCAUAUGGUCAAAAGAGCCUGGAAUUAAGGAGGCUGUACUGAACGCCUACAGGCGGCUCUACCUGAGCCCCAGCAGGGAUUCAGAGAGGGCCAGGGUUCAGCACCUGGUGCGUUCUCUCUCUCUCAUCAUCGUGGAUGCAUCGCUAGGAACAAUACAGUGCUUAGAAGAAAUAAUCUCGGAGUUUGUGCAGAAAGAUGAAAUUGAGCCUGCUGUGAUCCAGCUGCUUUGGGAGCAGUUCACAGGAAAAUCUCAGUGCUCCUCACUGGAGCGAUGUGCUGCUGUGAUGCUGCUGGGGAUGAUGGCACGAGGGAAUCCAGAGAUCAUAGGUAGCAACCUGGAUGUUUUGGUGACAGUAGGGCUGUCUGAGAAGGCAUGUGAAGACUUUCGCCUGGCUAAAGAAGUAUGCAAUGCCAUCUCCAAACUUGCCAGGGACACUAAGCAAACACUGGGGAAGAACAAUACACCUUUUCGACUGCCACAGAAUCACAUGCUCUUUGGCUGCCUGAGUGAGACUGUGAUUAAAGGCUUUGUCCAGCCAAGUUGCCACUGGAUCCCCUUCAUGGAAGCAGCAGUAACACUCAUCUACCAGCUAGCAGAAGGGGCAGAGGAGAUAUGUGCUCACAUUCUGCAAGCGUGCAGUCAGGAAGCUCUGGAGAAGCUGAAGGAGGAUGAUGGGCAGAAAGCUGGUUCUGGGGAUUCUCCCAGCAGCGUCUCUGAUGGUGCUAGCAGUCUCCCCACAUUCCUGCUGAUGCACCUGGUGUCCCUUGUGGGGCAGGUGGCACUGCAACAGGUAGCAUAUUUGGAAGUGUCAGUGAGCACAGAGCUACGCAGACGCCGUAUGCUCAGAGACGAGAAGACCAAGAACAAUUCUGACAGAAGCAUGAAGAAGAAGAGACCCCAGAGCACAGGAAAUGAGACCACUAUGGAGGAGGAACUGGGCCUUACGGGAGCCACAGCUGAUGAUACUGAGGCCGAGCUCAUCCGCAGUAUUUGUGAGACAGAGCUUCUAGAUGGGAAGCAUCUGUUGUCUGCCUUUGUUCCACUGGUGCUCAAGAUCUGCAACAACCCUGGACUCUACAGUGAUGCGGGACUCUCAGCUGCUGCAGCCCUAGCUCUUGGCAAAGUUUGCAUGAUAAGCUCCGAGUUCUGUGACUCCCACUUGCGCCUGCUGUUCACUAUGAUGGAGAAGUCCAGUCUGCCCAGUGUGAGAUCCAACCUCCUUAUUGCAGCAGGAGAUCUGGCCAUCCGUUUCCCCAAUCUGGUGGAGCCUUGGACAUCACAUCUCUAUGCCAGGUUGCGGGACCCCUGCCCAAGCGUGAGGAAGAUGGCUGGACUGGUGAUGACUCACCUUAUCCUCAAAGACAUGGUAAAGGUGAAGGGCCAAGUGAGCGAGUUGGCAGUUCUGCUUAUAGACCCAGAGGAGUCAAUCGUGGGAGUGGCUCAGAACUUCUUCACUGAACUCUCCAACAAGGGUAAUGCCAUCUAUAACCUGCUUCCAGACAUCAUCAGUCAUCUCUCAGAUCCUAACUGCAGCAUAGAGGAGGAAUCUUUCCGCACUAUUAUGAGACACCUCCUCUCAUAUAUUACAAAGGACAGACAGACAGAGAGCUUGGUGGAGAAACUUUGUCAGCGAAUCCGGACUGCCAGCACUCAGCGUCAGUAUCAGGAUCUGUCCUAUUGCCUUACUCUGCUUCCCAUCUCGGAACGGGGCCUUCAAAAGCUGCAGGACAACUUUGACUGCUUUGCAGACAAGCUCCAAGACCCAGCUGUCUACACGUGUUUCCAAACUGUGCUGUCUCGAUUCCGCAGAGCAGGCAGCAAACCUGAGGCUAAAGCUCUGGCUGACGAGCUGGAGCAGAAGCUGUUUGCUGCCCAUAACCGAGGGCUGGAUUCAGCAGAGACAUGCCAGAAAGGUGAUGCAACUCCAAUGCCAAAGUCGGCCAAGCGGAGGCCAACAGGAAGUUCACAUCGCCAGCCUCUGAGCACAGCUAACAGGGAUGAAGAUUUUGUCACACCCCAGCCUCGCAGACUCCGAAACCAGCAGCAUGCCAAAAAGCGCCUUCCACCCAAAAAAGUUACUAUCACCUUCUCCAGUGAUGAGGAGAGCAGCUCUGAGGAUGAGCUAUUGGCAGAAUUAAGAGAGGAAGAAACCCCCACCAAAACAACUCCCAUCACCAGAUCUUCAGCCCGCCGGCUGCGCUGAGGGAACCAUCUGCCACUGUCUUUGACUAAAAAUAAACCUUGUUUUAUGCAGCA